AUGGAAGAUGCAAGAGAAGCUGCAGUAAAUAAAUUAGCUGAAUUACUAAAGCAUCCAGAUGAUCUUAAUUCAAAACUCAUCACACUUAUCCGUAAAUUAACUAAAGAAAAAGCAACUAUUGAUGCACAACUCAACACGGGAGUUCAGUCUCAACUUGACCAUGUCCAAGAAGGUCUCGAAACGCUGACGAUAUCCAGCCGAAAUAUAAGCAGAGUAAAAGAUAAUAUGCGUUGUAUCGAUACAUUAUGCUAUGAUGCUCAGUCAAUGAUUAAAGACUUUCCUCGCAUCAACAUGGCAAGUUACUUUCUAUUUAUAUCUCAAGUACAUCAAAACUUUGUAGCAACAGAAGCUAAAGUACGAGCAUUUCAAAAACUAUACCAACAAUUGGAUGAUUUAGAAGACAUGUUUGCACCUAUGCGAAAUGACAUCUACUCUCCUCACGACUCACUUCUUCGUGUUCACUAUCACCUAUUCAAGCUUGAAGAGUUUCGUGAUGUGACAAUGCAUCAAGCGCGCGACUCGCCGCAUGAUGUUCUCAUUACUCUCAAGACAUAUUUCAGAAGAGUUGACGUUCUCUCGGACGACUUUACGCAGCAUCUUUGGCAUCUCACGCGAAACCUGAUACCCCUCGUCGAAGAAGGAUGCGGAUCUACCAUUGUGAAACUAGUCAAAAUCAUCGAGUGUGAGGAAACAGCAGAUGAAAAAGCACUGGCGGCCAGGCAGGCGCAGUCGAGUCAUCAAGACCUUCAGAAUCAUAAAAAGUGGAGACUGGCAGAGGGCAACCCGCGUACGAUCAAGUCGUAUCGAGUCGAAUUCUUUGAACAGCUUCAUCAAUCACUUCUUGAACAUUUUGAAGAGAUAUUUCGACCUUACAAGGAGAACGAAGAUUGGCAAGGCGCUCUAGAUGCAACCGAUUUUAUCUUUGACGAGCUUGAGUUGGUAUAUGAUGAAGUGGUGCCCAAGUUUCCAAAAAAGUACAAAAUAUUUCCUUACUUCGUACUCGAGUAUCAUCGACACACGUAUGACUUGUUAAAUGAAAUGGUUCACCAGGACUUGGAUGCAGGUACUAUCUUACGCUUACUGAGGUUUGUGAGGGAUUAUUAUGCGACCAUGAGCACUCGUCUGGGGGUUACGGAGGAACUCCUGGAACCUCAGCUCUUGGAUGGACAGGAACAAUCGUUGGUAGGCGAAUAUCUCAAGCUUGUGCGUCAAAAGUUAGUUGAAUGGACGUCCAACCUGAUGUCAGCCGAAUCGCGCGACUUUGUCACUCGUGAUACUUCUCCAGAGAUGUCGCCUGAUGGACAGUUUGGCCUGUCGGGCGCUGUGGACCUAUUCCAAAUUAUCAAUCAACAAAUCGAUGUCGCUGCUGAAGCAAAUCAGGGCAAGCUGCUUUAUCUUGUAGUCAACGAAUGUCACAAGGUCAUGAAGGAUUCACAGAGCUUUUGGAAGAAGCUGCUAGCUUCCGAACUUCAAAAACAAUUGGAACAACCUGGUGAUGGCUUUAUAGAGUACGUGAUGGCUCUUGCUAACGAUCAAAUUAAAUGCUCAGACUUUGUGAAUGAUAUCUUGAACCGUGUGCCCUCUAUUGUGGAUGCCAACUAUAAAUCACAAGUAGAGGAAAAACUAUCGACAGCCAUCGACGGUUACUUACAGAUUGCAGCCAGUGCACGAGAAGCCCUUUUGGAAGUGACCUUUAAUGAUAUUAAGCCGGUGUUUAAUGAACUGUUUACCACUACUUGGUACGAGCAACCUUUGGUUCCGUCUAUCAUUGAGACCUUUAAAGAUUACUGCAGCGAUUUUGUUCAUUUGAAUCCAUUUAUCUUUGACCAACUGAUACGCGACAUGCUGGAUCGUUUCUUGAUGCUGUAUUUAGAGGCUAUGAGGCAUAAGAAUGCCAAGUUUUUGAUGAAUUCGUGCCUGGAACGUAUUGAAAACGACGUACGCAUCUCAUUCAAUUUCUUUGCAAAGUAUACAUCGGUGAAGGAAAUGGAAGAACACUUUGAUGUAUUAGAAAAGGUGCAUACGUUACUAGAAAGUAAUCGACGCAUGGUCUUUGUGGACUAUUAUACGCUCAGACAAGCCUACCCUGAUGUGCCUCUGGCGUUUGUUGAAAGCAUCUUGAGCAAACGCGAUGAUUUAGACAAAUCGACGUUUAAAGAGAUUAUGGAAGGCAUCAAAACAAAAGCUCGUGAAUAUGAACCAGAUACUAAUACCCCGCCAACCAUCUUUAGUCGAAUCAAGUGGUAA